AUGGCGUGGAAACUCACCAGGAAGCUCAAAGAGACGCACCUGGCUCCGCUUGCCAAUUCAUUUGGCAGAUCCUCGUCCACGUCUACCAUCAAGCCUGAGGCUGUUGAAGAGACUGCUUUAUCUCCAACCCCUAGCUCAAUAUCCACUACCUCGAACGGAAUUGCUGCCUCAGAGUCUCUAGUCUCACCUCCUGCCGCCCCGGCCAAACCAGGCAUUCUCAUCGUGACCUUACAUGAGGGAAAGAGCUUCUCCUUAUCACCGCACUACCAGCAGGUUUUCAAUGCACAUUUCCAAAAUUCAAUCUCAGGCAACAACACCUUCACGGGGCCUGCCUCCAUCAGACCCAACUCAUCUUCGUCCCAUUCUAGCCAUGGACCCGCCGCUAGUUCUUAUGCACAAACAACCCGGCCUCAGUCGACAAGCGGCGGAAUCAAUGCAGCACCUACGAUCCAUGGUCGAUAUUCUGCCAAGUAUCUUCCAUAUGCUCUUCUGGACUUUGAUAAACUGCAGGUUUUUGUCGAUGCAGUGUCAGGUACUCCGGAAAACCCCCUUUGGGCCGGCGAUAACACCUCGUUCAAGUUCGAUGUUUCUCGCGUGACUGAUCUCAGCAUACAACUUUACCUCCGGAAUCCCGCUUCUAGGCCAGGUGCUGGCAGAAGUGAGGAUAUAUUUUUGGGCGCUUGCAGGAUCAACCCGAGAUUCGAAGAGGCUCGUCCGUUUGUUGAAGACCCGAAGGCCAGUAAGAAGGACCGGGAAAAGGCCGCCGCAACGCACGCAGAACAGGAACGUCAAAUGGGCCAGUCGGGCACAGAAUGGACAAAACUUCAAUUCGGUACUGGAGCUAUCAAAAUCGGGGUGUCGUUUGUCGAAAACAGGCAAAAGAGCCUUAAAAUGGAGGACUUUGAGCUUUUGAAGGUUGUUGGCAAGGGGAGUUUUGGUAAAGUCAUACAAGUCAUGAAACGUGAUACUGGCCGUAUAUAUGCGAUGAAAACUCUUCGCAAAGCCCAUAUCAUUUCUCGUUCUGAAGUGGCGCAUACAUUGGCUGAGAGAUCAGUACUCUCCCAAAUAAAUAACCCCUUCAUCGUUCCUCUCAAAUUCUCCUUUCAAUCUCCAGAAAAGUUAUAUCUUGUUCUAGCCUUUGUUAACGGCGGGGAAUUGUUCCAUCACCUACAAAAGGAGCAACGUUUCGACAUCAACAGAGCUCGCUUUUAUACCGCUGAACUACUCUGUGCAUUGGAAUGUCUUCACGGCUUCAAGGUCAUCUAUCGUGACCUUAAGCCCGAAAAUAUUUUGCUAGAUUACAGUGGUCAUAUUGCUUUGUGCGACUUUGGACUGUGUAAAUUGGAUAUGAAAGAUGAAGACCGGACCAACACAUUCUGUGGUACCCCUGAAUACCUCGCUCCCGAGCUCCUGCUUGGCAAAGGAUACACAAAGACCGUAGAUUGGUGGACUCUCGGAGUUCUUUUGUACGAGAUGUUGACUGGUCUUCCCCCAUUCUAUGACGAGAAUACAAAUGAGAUGUACCGCAAGAUCCUCCAGGAGCCCCUCACUUUCCCAAGCCAGGAAAUUGUUCCUGGUGCCGCUAGAGAUCUUCUUAGUAGACUACUAGACCGUGAUCCAGAACGUCGACUUGGAGCCAAUGGCGCUGCUGAAAUAAAAGCACAUCACUUCUUUUCUAACAUCGACUGGCGAAAGUUGCUGCAAAGAAAAUAUGAACCUAGUUUCCGCCCUGAUGUGGUUGACGCCCGUGACACGAAAAAUUUCGAUCACGAAUUCACAUUAGAAGCCCCUACAGAUUCAUACGUUGAAGGACCUGCUCUUUCUCAAACUAUGCAACAACAGUUCCAAGGCUGGUCCUACAAUCGUCCCGUUGCUGGCCUUGGAGAUGCUGGGGGAAGCGUAAAGGACCCGUCUUUCGGAAGCAUCACAAAGUGA